AUGAGAGUUGAGAAUGUUGGAGUCACGAUCUUUCGCAGAAAAAAUAGUGAUAAAUGCGUUGUUCACCUCGAGGUUGGCAUGGGCUCCGGCCCGCCCGGGGCUUGCAUCGGGAAGUUGGAACGGCACUUUGAUAUCCAUGAAGCUCGGCUGCGAGUCGAGACUUCUUUGGCCAACAAAUUGUUCUCAAGUCCCAUCAGCAAGCCAUCGGUCCGAUUGGAAGGGACUUGGCCCAAACUUUUUCGAUCGAAACCGAACACCGCCCCAGCUGAUGGAACCAGAGGAGAAAAAACGGCUUUUUUGAUCGCGGGGGAAUUCAGACGACUUCAGAAGUACGAUUUCUCUUGGCCGACUGAUACUGAGGACGAGGCCUCGAUCGAACGGCUCAGGCCGAAGAAAGAUCUCCUUAUUCGUUUAGACUCAGACCUUCUACCUUCAAUCAACGAGCAAUGCUCCAGACUAGCAGGAUUGCUACGCGACCCACCUGACUUGGGGGAAGACCCGGCCUCAAUUUUCAAGAUCAUCUCAGAGAUUCAGGCCAAUCUUCAUCGGACUCUGCCCCAAACGAUUCAGACGCUUAAUGAACUCUUCCCCACCCAAACGAUUCAGACGCUUAAUUGA